CAUCACCUCUAAAGACACGUUCUUUGACAACGCAACACGCAGUCGAAUAGCGUACGAGAUCCUGAGACGCACCGCCUGCACACGCACCAGCAUAUCCAUGGGCAUCACCACAUUAAUAGCUAAAGGUGUCUAUGAUUCAGCCUUCCCUCUCCAUGAUGGGGAUUAUAAGGUCGUGGGUCACUCUGAGAGGAAUGACAGACAGCUGCUGCAUGAUGAGUGGGCCAGAUAUGGAGCCUUCUACAAAUACCAACCUGUGGACCUCAUCAGGAAGUACUUUGGAGAGAAGAUCGGUCUGUACUUCGCCUGGCUGGGCGUCUACACUCAGCUGCUCAUACCAGCCUCUAUGGUUGGGAUUAUCGUCUUCUGCUACGGCUGUUACACUGUGGAUAUGGACGUACCCAGCCUGGAGAUGUGUGAUAAGCAGCAGAACUUCACUAUGUGUCCUCUGUGUGACGGAGUGUGUGACUACUGGCACCUGUCCACCGCCUGUGGCACCGCCCCGAGCAUCCCACCUGUUCGACAACCCAGCCACCGUCUUCUUCGCUAUCUUCAUGUCCCUCUGGGUUGCGACGUUCCUGGAGCACUGGAAGCGUCGUCAGAUCAGUUUGAACCACAGCUGGGACCUCACAGGACUAGAGGAAGAGGAGGUAAACACCAUUACAUAUAACACCCCACAGGACUAGAGGAAGAGGAGGUACACACCAUUACAUAUAACACCCCACAGGACUAGAGGAAGAGGAGGAACACCAUUACAUAUAACACCCCACAGGACUAG